UUUUAUUGUAACUUUGAGGAAACAUUGCCUCAAUAGUAUGUUAUGGCAUGUGAGAAUAAGUAAUAAAUUGAAAAUAAAAGGUAAAAGUGUAGUAUAAAGGUAAUUCGGAGGACGAAGCGGAGUUAGAAUGAACGAAGGUAGCAGGAGCUUGCGCAGAUGAGAUAACAGCACCUCACAGUUGUCCGGAGGGCAGUUAGUUGCUUCUUUGUCGUACCUUCAGCGUUUUUUAACAAAAUUAUUUCAAUCGAGUUUAGUGACACGAGCCUCGCGAGUUCAUAGCAUCCCCAAGGAGGCGGAGAGAGAGAUACUUCCUCUUCUGCAUUGUCUGGGGUCAGUAUUCGCUAAGCUCGUUUCAUUUAGAUGAAAAAUGUUUGCAACUUAGACUAUAAGAGGUCCUUGCUGACAGGAUACUGCCAUAUCGUCGACACCGGUGGCAUUGUAAAGUCUAUUGCCAUUUAUUGAUUUCUAUAAAAUCUUGUUCCAAGAUACAUUUUUCAAGUGCGCGAAAUUAAAAAAAAAAUUAUCAUUUCACUUGUUUCCACUUUCAAGUGUAUUUAUAUGAGAUUUUAAUUAAAUUCCGACAAUGUCAAAAAAAAUCUUUUUUUUUGGUGUUCCACUUCCCCAUAAUCAACCAGUCCAUUAGUCGAAAACAUGUGGGUGGCGAACUUUCGUGGCGUUUAAUCGAUGGCGAAUAUAAUUGGAGUAGAAGUUUUAAAAAUUGUGAAUGCUUAUUAAUAAUGAUUAAUUGACGUCUUCGUUGGAAAUGUGUCAACAUAGUACUGUCUUCCUGAGUGUGUUAGGAGUUUUUAUACUAGUUCUACUUCAAGAGUCGAAACCUGUUAGUUGGGAAGAAUGGUGGACAUAUGAUGGUAUUUCUGGUCCUGCUUUCUGGGGUCUUAUAAAUCCCGAAUGGUCACUCUGCAAUAAAGGAAGGAGACAAUCUCCUGUAAAUUUGGAACCGUCUAGACUAUUAUUCGACCCCAAUCUUCAGCCACUUCAUUUGGAUAAACAUCGCGUAAAGGGCAUUCUUACCAACACCGGACACAGCGUAGUUUUUACCGUGGAUAAUGAAACAAGACAUCCUGUAAAUAUUUCUGGCGGCUCUCUCAGUUACCGAUAUCAAUUUCAUGAAAUUCACCUUCACUAUGGAUUAUACGAUGAAAGCGGGAGUGAGCAUACAGUCGAUGGAUAUGCAUUUCCAGCCGAAAUGCAGAUUUUUGGAUUUAACUCUCAAUUGUAUAAUAAUUUUUCGGAAGCCUUACAUCGAGCACAAGGCAUAGUAGCAGUAUCCCUCCUGCUACAAGUAGGCGAUCUCUCGAAUCCAGGCUUAAGAAUUUUUACUGAGCAAUUAGACAAAAUUGUUUACGGAGGUGACUCUAUGGAUAUUUUGAAUUUUGCUGUACGAGAACUUUUGCCGGAUACGAAUCAUUACAUGACAUAUGACGGUUCAAUUACUCUGCCAGCUUGUCAUGAAACUACAACAUGGAUUAUUCUAAAUAAACCAAUCUACAUUACUAAACAACAGCUUCUCGCUUUGAGAAAAUUAAUGCAAGGUGAUAAGAAAAAUCCAAAAGCGCCUCUUGGAAAUAAUUAUAGACCACCGCAACCUCUUCAUCAUCGACCUGUUCGAACGAAUAUAAAUUUUAAUGUGCAGGGACCUAAAAAUUGUCCAACUAUGCACAGAGAUGCGUACUACAAAGCAAACAGUUGGAAAUAAUCCUGACAGAGAAGAAAUGAUGACUUUUUCACUGCAUUACGCUUUAACUUCCAAAAAAGAAGAAAAUAAAUAUUUGACAUAAGAAGGACGUAACAUAUCAAAACGUGCGCUCAACUUGCGCGUUACCGUGUGUGGUCAGAAAAUUGCUUCGUAGUAACUAAUUACUCGUGCAUUGCCAAGUAUUUCUCCAGUAAAGAUAUCCCCUAGUUACUUAGAGAAAGUGACGUAAGAGUAUAUGAAAUAUUAUAUAUUAUAUUGUAUAUUAUAUAAUAUAGUGUAUAUGUAUAUAAUAUUACAUAAUCAUAUUAUAUAAUAUUAUGUACAUUGUAUAUUAUUAUAUAUAUAAAACCGAUAAAUAUUAAAAGCUAUGACUAUCGAUGCUUGCGUGAAAAAUCGAAGUGUGUAUAAAAUACGCAAGAAAUUGAAACGCAUUGGCGACCUAAGAGUUUAUACUAUAUUCUUUUAAUAAAACUUUAUAAAUGUACAUGUUCAUUUUUUGCAAUAACACCUAUUAUUUACGUAUGAGGCAAAAUUUUUAAAGUGAUUUAACUUUAAAAAUGAUGUCUUUCGAAUUGGGUUAAAAUUUGCAAUUACUGAAUUGCUCUCUGCAUUAUGCAGGGUUGAGACUGUCAUUGAGUUAAUUCAAUGGAUGUAAUAUUAAAAUAGUUUUAAAAAUUAAUUGACAAUGAAAAUAUUGCAUAGGUAUAUUCCAAUUACCGAAUGUUGAAAAAGCUGCUUGACCUAAUUACGGUGCCCCAAUUGCAGACUUGUCAAAAUUAGAAUACGAUUACCUAUCUAGCCAACCUGAAAAUUUGUUUUAAGAUCAAAUUCUAUACUUACUGUAAA